AUGGCUCUGAUUUUUCCUGAUUCCAGUAAAUCCAUGAAACCUGACAGGAACACAUAUGUUAGGGGACCUGGUAAUGGGCAUAACACUGCUGCCAGUAAGACAGGUAAUUGUUCAUUUCUAUUUACGGUUUGUGCUGGUGGGAAUCCCAGCAGAAUGAAAGCAUUUGCCCUGUUUAUGCACAAGGAGCUCAGGUUGGAGAAAAGUGUAGAGGACAUAUGGGACAUCUGUGCUGGGACAGGUGAACACUGUAUGUGCAGAACUGGUCCCGAGCUCUCCAGCAGCCAUCACAUUGGCAUCUGCUGCAUUUCUAUUAUGCUUCAGGAGCUAAUCAAAUUGCUGCAUCAUGCCUGGUGCUGUGACGUUACCGUUAUCAGAAUUGGUACAUCACAGGGAAUAGGGAUUGUGCCGGGGUCUGUUGUAAUAACAGACACACCUACAGACUCCUUUUUUCAGCCCUGGUUUAAUGUAAUCUUGGACCACAUCACUACCCAAAGUCCAGAACUUGACAAGGAACUGGUUGAGAAAUUAUUCAACUGCAAGGAAAUUCCCAGCUUCCCAACCUUCACUGGACGUAUGAUAUGUGCCCAGGACUUCUGUGAAGGUGAGAAGAAUGGUUGAUUAGAUGGAGGGCUGAGCUCCUUUUCCAGAGAAGAAAAGUUAGUUUACUUGAAGAGAGCAUAUAAAGCCAGCAUCAGGAACAUUGAAACAGUCUCUACAGUGCUUGUGGCCUUAAAAGGAGAGAAGAGGAGUGACACCAGAGACUGUUUCUACAGGAUCCAAGGCUGGGAUUUUAAAAUGAAAAUUUCCUGCAUCGACCCAAUAUAUAUUGCCCUUGGUAUAAGUGCUUUGGUGCCUCAAUGACAGUCGAAGACCGAUUAAUAAGGCUGCUAUUUAUCUUUGCAGGUUGACAUAGCACAUAUGGGGCUCUGUAGGAUUGAAAUAUGCUACCAGAAAAAGAAAAAAAAACUGGUAUGAAGUGGAGGAAGAUAAUGAGGGAAAAAGAAAAGGAAAUAUUGAUAGGGAAGAGAGACUAGUACAGAAGGAAGACAGUUGUGAAAUAACAUUAUGAGAAGGAAGACGUCUACUGGGGAUUCUGCCAGACAGAAAGCUAAUAUACCCCGAGGCCCUGAAAACAUCUACAAGAGCUGCAUGAAAUAUUUCUGAAGAGAAUCAAAACAUGCUAGAAAACAAAGAGGGAAUUUAAAGCCAGAGUGGUGACCCGAGUGGAUACCUGGAUACCUGGAGGCUUGGCUUUAAGGCUCAUGUAGACAUGAAGCCUCAUUUUGAGUGAGACAAAGUGUUGGAAAUAAGACCCAAGAGAAAAAACAAAAUGUGCCCACCUGCACAGAAGAUCCUGGUGAAUCUUCUCUAUCUCUGUUUAGACAACCAGUGGGGAAAAGUCAUAUAAUUCCCUGAGAAAUCCGAACUCCAUGCCUGAUCCUUAUUCAGGCUUGGAGUGAAUUUUUUAUUAUAU